GCCCGUUCUCGUCAUUCUCUCUCGAACCGCCGAAAGAGCCAGUAGCUAACCGACAAAACGGUCGUCACGCGAGUUCCCCGUAACAGUAUACACACAGAGCUGAAAGUGUAUCGUUGUGAAGUGCACAGCGUGUUGCGAAUCGAUCAAAUCGGAAAACCGCGAUAGCUGCAAACGUUUCUCUACACCGUCGUGUGCGAAUUAGUUGUGUCCGUGUAAAGAAAAACACAAACACCUAUACACGGCAAAACCGAACGAAGUGAAAGUUUUGUUUCUGCAGGGAAUGCGUUUUGCGUGCAUCGUCGUUGUUGUAAAGAGGAAAAGAGGCAAAAACGCAUCGUGUUAGUUUUUCUCCAACGCUAACGUGCGCGCGUGUGUAUGUGUGUCCCUAUGCGUUCUCGCUCUAGCACAGAAUUUUACAACGUGCCUCGAACGUGAGCAAAUACAAUAACAGAAAAAGCAACUGCAACAACAACAAAAAUACACCCACCGCGUAGUAAAAUAACAACCCCCCCGUCACGGGUACGGAUUAUCGAUUUUUCGUCCCAGUGUGUGAAAAGCGUGGAAAACGAAAAAAAAACGCUGCUGGAGUACGUGACUACGAGCACAACUUUUCCGUUUGACAGACACCGUAUUUGCCGUUUCGGUGUGCCGCCUUGGUGUGUGAGUGCGUGUGUGUGUGUACGCGCGCUUAUUGUGUGUGGCUGUGCGUAUCGCCACAGCGAAAAGGAAUUGUGUGUUUUGUUUGCGCGUUUGAGCGGUCGCCAAUUUCACGCACGCCAAGAUGGCUUUCAUGAUGCCGGUGAUGAAGAACGAGUUCGACAUCUACAAGGGGCGCCAGCGGCGGAUAUCGGAAUGCUCGAACCAGAGCAACUGCCGGUCGCGCAAGGUGUCGGAAAGCUCGCGCUCCGACUGUCCCAGCCUGUCCACGUCGCCCGGCACCGAAGGGUUCAUGUCGAGCUCGCCGGCCCACCGCAGCCACCCGAUGUACAUGUCCCAUCUGGCCUCCCGGUCGCAGUUUUCCCGCAACUCGUCCCGCACCUCGCAAAGCUCCCUGAUCGCGUCCAGCCCGUCGAAAGCGAGCGCGGGCAGCAGCCCGCCGAAGGGUGCGGCCGGACCGGCCGUACCGGCACCGGCGGCCGCCGGCAGCCAGAGCAGCCUCAACAAGUUCCACAGCCGGCUGGUCGACAAGCUGCGAAAGUCGCUGCGCAAGAGCAAGUCGAGCGAUGGCCGGUCAUGAGAGGGGAAAGGAGCGGGUGCUGGCGCCGUGGAGGGAGAAAGCCCCGAUGCGGCACCGAACCACGAAGACGGCGGCGGCGGCGAUGAUGACGACGACGACGGCAACAACAACGAGGACGAUGACGAGACGCCCGGAGAAGCAAGUCACCAUGGUAGCCGGAUGAGCAGGCGGCUGGAGGACGAGGUGCGGGAAGCUUGCUCGGACAGUGUGCUGCAUGUGCAUCACCGGAAGCCACCGCUACCGCGGACGUCGACAUCGUCCGUGAGGGCGGCGGGCAAGAUCCGCUCCCGACGAGGCACUUACAGUGCGCCACGGUAACUUGGCCGCAGCAGCAGUGGCCGCGAAUGGUGUUCGGUUUUGUUGUGCCCCGGCCGAUUUCAAACAUUUAGAGCAACGAGAGACACGGAUAAGACGAGUAUGGCUUAUUAUUAGUAAACUUAAACAUUAAACUACUUAGAGUAAACGCAGGGCAGCAGCAGCAGCAGCAGCAGCAGUACUAUCAGCAUUAGAGCAGAGUCAAAGAAGGCAUUGCAAUAGUUGAGUGAAGGGGUAGAAGAGAAAACAUUAAACACGGGUGCGCCGCAUUGAACCAGCAACAUAUACACCACACAUACACAGCUUACUUGUUAUAGUUACAGUACGGCUAGCUAAUAUUAAUCACCUAUCACCAUCCCGCUCAUACUAGCAAGUAAUAACAAAAAACAAGUGCGUAAUGCCAUUUGACGGCUCGCCGAAUCAAAACUAUUCAAUAAUACCUGUACGUUUUAAGUGUUAUCAACUAUGCUCGCAAUCGCGUCUCUGGCUCAUAUUAGUAUGUACAUUAGUAUGGGGUGGGCAGGGAAAUGAUGGUUCGUUUCCUGCCUAGUGUUAGGUCCCUUAAGGUAGAACAACUAUUUAUGGAACAAAAACUGCAACUCCUCUCUCUCUAUUCCAUCGAUUCUUUUAACAUGAUUCGUUUCUUCACAAUGCCGGUUCUUUUCAUACGAGGGUAUAUUCCCACCAUCAGCUGCUAAUAAUCACCAAACACACGUUUUGCCAUCGUACGCGUACAUACAUAUCAGUUUCUAGCAGUGUUGAAAAAAAGAGAUUGUUUCUUCUUUCUUCUUUACACUAAUCAAUCCGCAAGGAACCGUACGGUGCCGCAAAUUGUUAUUGGAUCAUAACGGCCGCACGAAGCGAAAAUUGAUACAUACAUAUUGCAGUAUGCACACCCCAACGUUCACAGGAAACAAAACAGAAAAAAAAACAACCUUAUUCAAAACUGUGAUACAUGUUCGGAAUCUGUACAGAAAAGAUCGCACCACAUCUUGUAUUAGAGCGCCAAAGUAGGUAGGAUGCAUGGAGCGAUUUGCUUACGCGAUACGCUCCAACGGCAAUAUCGUAAAACCCAUCCCCAACAACACCCAGUAGAUUACGAUCAACAGGGGAGGGGGUGGGGGGGGGGGGGGCGAUGCAAUCGCAUACGAAAUUCCGCCUUCCGAUCCCUUUCUGUAUUGGACACGAGUUUGAAGGAAGCACAACGAACCAACAACAAGAAACGAAACAAAUUGGACAAUGAAAUUGCAUCCAUCUGGAAAGUGCAUUAGCUGUUUACAGUUUUUUUUUGUUUGUUUGUGUUAGUGCAUGCACGCCUGUACAAUUGGAAGUGGAUGUUGAAUUUUGUGUUUCAAAAAAACGAUACGAAAGAGAAAAAAAAACAUGCAAGUCCUAUUUUGAUUAGCCUGCCCCCGGCAGGUGGCUGCAGUAGGUGGGGGGAGGUAUUUCCUUUUAAACAAGCUACCCCCAUACACAGAGACAUACAAAACACUUACACAAUCUGUGAUUCAUGCUGGUGAGGAAUGUGUUGAUAUCGAAUUGUGAAUGCUUUUAUGUAGCGAAACGAACCGGAGAAGAACACUAAUAGUCGCGCUUCAGCAAUGAGCAUAUAUUUUAAUACCCCUAAAACAAAACAAAAAACGGGGAGGGGAAAAACAUUAGCGCAUACUGUGUUUUGUUUGCGUGUGUGUGUGUAUGCGAAUAGAAAAUUGGAAUUUACAAAACAAUACUAAAAAAGACAGGCGAUAGGGAGGGAGCACAUCUUGCACAGCACAGCGUGCGUGUGUGAGAGAGAGAGAGAGAGAGAGAGAGAGAGUGAGAAAGAAAGAGUGCGCUCGGGAAGGCGGUUAGAUCAAUAUUUAUAGAGCAUAAGUCCCUGGAUCUGUGGGGUGAGAUGGAGGGAAAGAAUUCUAAAAUACGCAAUAGGAUGACUUGACGUAGCCCACACACGUAGCGUGGUGUGGAUGCUUUUUUUGUUUUUUUUUUAUAUCUAUAUGGAAAUUUAAAUGUAUUGAUAACAAAAGGACACGAACUACAUACAAACACCAAUGUGUUUUUUUGGGGUGGCGAUGCUGGGAGUUGGCGCAUUAAUGCGCAGAAUUGAUUGUACUGUAAUGCGAUAAUAAAAUACAAUACACAUACAGAAAUACGCUUAACGUGAAUGACUUAACUAAACGGACACAUGUACAUUUAGCGGACUUCCCAUCUCUCUCACUCUCUUUUACGAUCCAAUUUAAACAGCAGGAGGUCAAACGUGUAAAUGGAUACCCUCCCAUCUCCCUGAUUUUUACUACACGUAAAACGUUGUUUUAAGGUGCAAAUAGUAAAUUUAGACACUUUUUUCCUCUAUCAUGUACUGCUGCUAUACAUCAAGCAAACAAACAUGGCUGCCACGAGGCAGUAAUGUUUUGGAAACCCCCCACCCUUGUUAAUUCGGCCCAUUUCACAGAUUGCUGCGACCUUUCCGGAUCGUUGCUAGAGCGAUAGGUGCAACUCGCAAAAGUUCCGCAAACGUUCCGAUUGGUGAUUUGAGCGAGGGAAAAAGCAUUGGGAUGCACAAUUUUAAAGAUUUUUUUUAAUAGGCGUUGAUAAUUGUAUCUGCACCAGAUAAUUGCAUAUGCUACAACCUGGCUUAGCUUUACGUGAGCGCUAGGAACCGAAGCUAACCAGGCUUUACACCCGGAGGCUCACUUUCGAUUGUUAGUUAAAGACUGUUGCUGGAGUUUUUUUUUUAAUAGUUCCCCCUUUGCGCCCGUUCCUGUUAGCGAUCUUGAUCUUCUCUCGUUGCGUUCCCGUUGCGGAAACGACCUAAAGUUUAGUAGGGUAGUGAAGUCCCAGAAUUGGGACGACUGUAGUGCACCGAUAAGCACAGAGCGUGGUCAUCAUCCUCCACCAGUCAUCAGUCCAUCCAUCCUCCAACCCAUAAUUCAUCGCAUUCUGACCAGUUGACCAAGCGUUUAAUAUUGAUAGCCCGGAGCCGUCACCGGUACCGGGUAUAGCACCAGAAGAAGAUGCUGUUGAAGCAACUGAUCAGCAAAAUAAUAAAUUGUGAUCCAAACAUGUUUAUUGAUCUUCGGUACGUACCAUAGGGCAGCCAUGCAGGCAGACAGGGAGAUGAGCAAAAAAAAAAACAGGGCACAUACCCACACGAAAGACACAUUCCACCUUUGCCAAAUUCUAAGUCACACGUGUGUCUAUGCUAAAGGGGAAAUUUAUUCUGGCAAAAAGCAGAACAAAAAUCGGACAAAAAUUUGGCAGACCAAACUCGAUGCCGGGACUCUAAUUAUCGCCUACUUAGAGAGAAAGAGAGAGAGAGAGAGAGAGAGAGAGAGAGAGAUAGAGAGAGAGAGAAAGAGAGGCAGA